AUGCUCAAAUCCUGCACUCAGUUGCUGCUCAUCAGCGCCGCCCUGCAUUCAGCUCUCUGCAUUAGAACACAAAGUGCUGGUCCCGAUGCUUCAUGGCCAAUCAUCUACUUUAGCAAUGGAGAAUCCGAUGUGAGCUCCAAUGUGUACGAUCAAAUUGGCUUCGAGUUUAGACGCAGGAUUGAUGAGUACAAUCUAGUGCCGCCUGCUCGAGAUGUACGUCGGUAUAACAACACCUCGCCAGAGUUCCUGAAUGCUCAGUUUCAUGCUGCUUUGUGCAGAACAUCCAAUUGCAGAGCCAGCUUUGACAAAUGGGACUGUGGGGAACUUUGUGAUACUUACUUGCCUGAUGGCCAGGUUAUCAGAUCAUUCAACACGUUUCCAAUGGGCGUUGCAGGCUAUGUCGUGCUAUCACAUCAGAAAAAGACAAUUUACGUGCUCGUGAGAGGCGCUUCAUCCCUCAGGAACAAGAUUACGACCUACAAUGUCAAAUUCACUAACCAUCCAUUCAUUGAAGGAGCCAAAGUCCAGCAAGGCCUUUUAGCAGCAGAAAACGACAUCUAUCAGAUUGUGCACACAGCUCUAUACGACCAGCUUUUGCUGACACCAGACUACAAGGUGGAUGUGACAGGACAUUCAUUUGGGGCUGGUGUGGGAUCGCUCCUUGUGGCUGAUCUGAACCAUCGUCAUGAGCUUGUUAACUCUACGAAUCUGUCUGGCCAUUUGUUUGGCAAAGCCAGGGUGGGCUCUUACAAGUACGCUGCUUACUUUAAGGAGCAUGAUCUUGAUGUACGCAGAUAUGUUCAGGAAGGAGACGACAUUGUCCAUGCGCCUGAUAUUCAAGAUGGCUAUGUGCAUGAAGGCGAUGAAUACUGGCUGGAAAACGAUAUCAUCCAAGAAAUGAUUGUAUGUUCUGGGCCGUACGAAACCAGUGAUUGCUCCAACAAGGUGACAUACACCAAGACAACACAGCAUUUACUAUACUGGAACAUCAAGCAGAAUUGCGAUUCAGACUUUAAUAACAUUAUUUAA